CUCUUUCUUGCUGAAGACUGGAAAGACAAGUCCAUUCACCUGAUUUUCUAUGUCCACAUUAGAAGAUUUCAUAUCACAUUUGGUGCCACAGGCCUUUGACAAGGAGGAUGCAGAGGAAAAAGCAAACUUCACCUCUUCCUAGGGAAAGUGUUGGCCUGCCAACAGGAAAGAGGCAACAUCUGGGAAAAUCCCCAGUCUUUGCCAGGAAGAGACCAUGCCAACCCCACCCCAUGACCCCUGUCCUGCCUACUCAUUGUCACUCUUCACUCCAAUGUCCCUCCCCCAGAUCCUCUUAUAAAAUCCCACUCUUUCCUGACCAGACAAACCAUACCAUAUCCCACCAGAGAGGUAAGUGGGAGCUGAGAGAAGAUGAGACCCAGGGAGGAGCUACUGCACAUGAUACAGGAGAAUACAUGGGAGGGUCCCUUCCUCAGGGAGCACAGGAACUCUGAGACUCAGCAAGGGUGUCCUGGGAGGGCUCGGGGAUGGGAGAGUACACAGAUUCACAACUCAUUCAGAACUGUAGAAGAUGAUGGAUGUGACCAAGAUCACUUUAGUCCUAGGGGACUAGAGAAGGAAAAUGACAUGAGGCAGUAGGGUAUCUGUGUGUUCUCCCACUGACCACGCUUUCUUUAGUGACUCCUGAUUGCCUCCUCAAGUCGCAGACACUAUGCUGCCUCCCAUGGCCCUGCCCAGUGUAUCUUGGAUGCUGCUUUCCUGCCUCAUGCUGCUGUCUCAUGUUCAGGGUGAAGAACCCCAGAGGGAACUGCCCUCUGCACGGAUCCGCUGUCCCAAAGGCUCCAAGGCCUAUGGCUCCCACUGCUAUGCCUUGUUUUUGUCACCAAAAUCCUGGACAGAUGCAGAUCUGGCCUGCCAGAAGCGGCCCUCGGGAAACCUGGUGUCUGUGCUCAGUGGGGCUGAGGGAUCCUUCGUGUCCUCCCUGGUGAAGAGCAUUGGUAACAGCUACUCAUACGUCUGGAUUGGGCUCCAUGACCCCACACAGGGCACCGAGCCCAAUGGAGAAGGUUGGGAGUGGAGUAGCAGUGAUGUGAUGAAUUACUUUGCAUGGGAGAGAAAUCCCUCCACCGUCUCAAGCCCCGGCCACUGUGCGAGCCUGUCGAGAAGCACAUCAUUUCUGAGGUGGAAAGAUUAUAACUGUAAUGUGAGGUUACCCUAUGUCUGCAAGUUCACUGACUAGUGCAGGAGGGAAGUCAGCAGCCUGUGUUUGGUGUGCAACUCAUCAUGGGCAUGAGACCAGUGUGAGGACUCACCCUGGAAGAGAAUAUUCGCUUAAUUCCCCCAACCUGACCACCUCAUUCUUAUCUUUCUUCUGUUUCUUCCUCCCCGCUGUCGUUUCAGUCUCUUCAUUUUGUCAUACGGCCUAAGGCUUUAAAGAGCAAUAAAAUUUUUAGUCUGCA